AUGGAUUCCAAAUCUGCUUCCAAGAUACCCAACACAUACCAAUCUAUACAACUCUCAAACCUCACGCCAUCGUCGUCACCCCCAACACCAUCAUCUCCUACCCCCCGCCAACAACCAUCCGCCAUCACCACCAAACUUGACUGGCUCACCCACCAACCCAAAAGCGUUCUCUCCCCCUCCCUCUGCGCCCAACACAACAUCACCCUCCUCCCACUGGACCUCUCCACCAGCCACCACGAAACCACCAACUCCACCACAACGCCCCUAUUCUUCAACCCGCUCUCCACCGAGCUCCUCGACCGCCACCCCGUGAACCACGCCCACUACGCCUUUAUGGACAUCGCCUCACCCAAUUUCUACUCCAUCCGCGACUACGCCUCCAUCCGAUCCGACCAACAAGAAUCCCACCCCCUACACCGCUUGGCGGAACUCUCCCGAAAGUUCGAAAAAUACAUGGACCUCCUGCCCCGAGUUACCCUCCCGAGUGGCGAGCUAGGGUGUCUGGCCCAUUUGACAGAUUGGGAUUUAUCAUGGUACACCCCCGACCCUUUCCCUACCAUUCACGUUCCAAUACCGGAAACCGACAACAUCUACGCCGGCACAUUCAUCCACGACUCCCAUCCCAAAAACUACUUUUAUACCGUCUCCCGCAUCUACCGAUAUCAUGAUCGCAGAUACCCGCAUCUAACUAUGCUAACUCAGCAUUGGUGCUUGGAGGAUUGUCCCGAGGAUCAUAUCAUGCGGUAUGAGCUUGUUGCGCUGCUUCAGUCGAUGAGUUCACGAGUUACCAGGAAUGCGUUUGAUUCGGAUAUUACUGUUCCUGUUUGUUUUACCUAUUCCUUUCGUUUUUUCUUGCAUCCUGGGUGUGUGGCGUUAAUGGUAUCGUUUAUGAAGCCUACGCAUGGAAGGAUUCUGCAGGCGCAUAUGCAUGAUGAUGAGUUGGUAGUUGCGCGAAGCCCGGUUUAUAGCUUUGAGUCGAUGAUGGUGGCGCCGUUUGAGUUGUUUGCAAGGUGGUUUUUGGGGACGCCUGUGGGGGUGGAUUUGGGGGGUGGACGAGGGAAGAAGGGGAAGAGGUGA